GCGGCGCUGAGCGGCGGUUGUGGGAGGUGUUGUGGGGAUCCGUCCCGUCGGUGAAGCUCCGGUCCCGGCAUGAGCCAGCGCCGCGGGCCGCGGCAGGACAUGCUCCCCGAGAUCGCCGCCGCCGUCGGCUUCGUCUCCGGGUUGCUGCGGACGCGGGGCUGCGUCAGCGAGCAGCAGCUCCAGGUCUUCAGCGGGGCGCUGCGGGAGGCGCUCGCAGAGCACUACAAACACCACUGGUUUCCUGAGAAACCCUUCAAAGGCUCUGGCUAUCGCUGCAUCCGCAUCAACCACAAAAUGGACCCCAUUAUCAGCAAGGCAGCUAGCCACAUCGGACUCAGCCUCUCACAGCUCUACCAGCUCCUGCCCAGCGAGCUCACGCUCUGGGUGGACCCCUACGAGGUCUCCUACCGCAUCGGGGAGGAUGGCUCCAUCUGUGUCUUGUACGAAGCGACUGCAACAAAACCUGGCAGCUCCUACGGGGUGCUCACCUGCAAGAAUCAGUUGAUGUUAGGUCGCACCAGUCCUUCCAAGAACUACAUCAUGACUGUCUCCAGCUAAAUACUCCUCUUGUCCUUACACUGCCAAGACACAGGCUACUGUAUACCUCACCCGAGGAUCUAUUUUUAAGAUGAAGAGCUAUUUAUAUUUUUUAAAAAAAUCCAAGAAAAUCCAAAAUUAAAAUGUUUGGGCACCGCUUCGGGCAGGAGCGGUGUCUUUAGGUGCCUUUUUUAAAGCUGUUGCAAGCUUAUGAGUUUUUAUUCUGAAGCCGAUAUCUACCUAAUUAGUGUUGGAUGGUAAUUUGGGGCUGGCUUGAUCACUUGGGCAGCUUGGAAUGGAGGAUGAGGGGGAAGAGCCAAGCUGGGAAGUGUGGCUUGGUGGUGGCACGUUCGGUGUCACCUUCUUGCCACCCUGGUACCCAACACUAUUGCUGUAUUGCAGUAGUGCUGGGGAAGGGAUGAAGGAGUUGCUGUCUUCCCUCUUCUAACUUCACUCCCCAGCUGGUCUGAUCUCUCUGGGGCCUGGAUAAAGUGUUUGGGGGAAGCUCACCUCAGGGCUGGGUGAUGCUGGGGACCCUGGAUCUCUCUCCUUUGCCUUUGCACAUCUCUGGACCCACUUUACUCCGUGAGUAUUGCAGGUCUGCUCUGCCCCACUCCCAGCACAAAGUGAGGGGGACCGUGGCCUGUCUCCAUCCCCUCUGUCUUUCCUAUCUGCUGCUGAAAGAGGCCAUGUGGGUAUCUGUGUCCUGUGAAGUGGAGCAAGGCAGAGAUGCUCUGGGGGUCAGGCUGUGCAGAGGAGCUCCUCACGAUGAAUAUUGGAGCACUGUUGGGUCCUGGUGCUCCCUGGUACCUGAACCACUGAGCAGCUGUGAAUUACAAAGCCUUUCUGCUAUGUGCAGCUUAGACGUCAGCCCAUGACCCACACUACUCUCGUGUGGCCUCCUGUGAAAGCUGCCUAAUCCAAUGCUGAUGACUUGCCGAGUCACUUCUCAAGAAGAGCCGAAGCAACUCACCUUGUGCUGUGGAGGUUGGUGUGUGAGAACUCCCUUUUCCUUUAAUCAGAAGUAUUUGGGGCGGUCUCUUUCCCCAUAUGUGGGAUGGUUGGAUGCUUUGGUGUCCUAACGCUGCUUUUAAAGUCACAGCACUUCCUCCUCCUCCCACUCUGGGUGAUGUGGCUGUGCCUGGGAGCUGUCUCCACUGACACCUUGGUAAGGGGCAUCACUUGGUUCUGAUCUCUUGGUACACAAGUUUUGCACGAUUCAUGCAUGGUCCUGUGCUCUGUCUAUUCAGGCAAAACUCCUCUUGUAAUCUCAGGGGUGCUGGGACUGCACCUGCCCCAGGGGUGGUCAGGAUUUGACCCUUAAACCACGCUGCCAACUACAAAUGGGGGUGGAAGCUGAAAGUGCUGCCCCAGGAGCUUGACCUACCUAUUGGGAAUGAGCCUUUACCAGGGUGUUGUAUGUCUGUUGCCUUUUUACUGACCAGCUCCUCCAGUGACGCUGGGAGAAGCGAUGGAGAAAGCAGGACCUGGACGUGGUGGCUGUAAUGAAGCUUUCCCAGCUCUGUCUCUCAGCACAUGGGUUUUAACCUCUCUCUUUGACCUGGCACUGACUGGUCUAACCAGAGUCAUUCUUGCCUAGCCUUUGAUGAAUCAAGUUCUCAGACAUUUGUGCAAUAUGUUUCCACAUCUUGGGUGCUCUGGGGGGAGGAAAGAAGCCUCCAACCGCCGUAGUCCUUAGCUUGGGUUAAGAAUAAUUCAGCGCAAGUCCCCAUCUCUGACCACUAAUGUGGCAAAGGAAGCUCAGCUUUUUGUAAGCCUCAAAUCCUGAAUUCCGGAACUGGAAAAGCAGCCAUCUGAAAAUAUCAAGUGGUGAGUUGUUUGUCCUUGCAACAGGAAUAGCAGUCAGUGGCUCUGGGGUUGCAUCACUUCCCUCUGCAUCACUUGAAUUUCUCAUGUCAGCAAAGCUGAACUGAAGCACUUGAGGCUUUUCCCUUGGUGAACUUGUGCAAUAGGUGACCUCACCGAGAGGGGAGCGCUUGGGAACUUCCAAAAAGCCAUUUCCCUUUUCAAAGAAAAGGGAUUUUGGUGCUUCUUGGAGUCCUCACUCAACCUGCUCACAUGGAAAGCCCAUGGUGAGAGCUGCAGCCAGUGUUUGCUGGACCCCUUGGCUAGAUGGGGAGUUUCCUGAAGGCUGGUACUUCCUUGGGUUCUUAUUUCUCAUGUUCAAAUUGUGUUACUCCUUUUUACUCCUUUCCCUUCCUCUUACCAGUAAGGUUCUUCAGGAACAGCCCACACCAAAGGAAUACAUGAGAAUUGCUCUUAACAUGCCCUCACUUCCACAACUAAAAUAGCCAAGACUCCUUUUUGUCCCUGGUGUGGAGGAGUCUGAUGGUAAAGGUGUUGGAUUUUAGCUUCAAAACCCAAACUUGGGGUAUAAUCCAUUUCUCUCUUGUAGCUGGUUACACGUAAAGCUGUGAAUUACUGUUCUCUUGCCUUCUGCCUCCGAGCCUGACACUCCACCGUGGUGCUGAGUGUGUGUGUAUUGAAACAGUGGAUUUGAGGGAUUUCCUGUUGUUUUUUACUAGCUGGACUGUUGACCGGGACCUGCUUUUGUAUUUGGUGCAAAUGGUGGCGAGUUUGUAAAGCUACACGUGGAGGGAGUGGAUGGUUCCUAUAACUGUAUAGUAGUCUUUUUAUAUCCCAAAUGUACAGAUCCUUUGUCAGAUGUAUGCUUUUGUUACUUUAAUAAAUAUGUAGCAGCAGAAA